AUGGCAACCAUUGUCAAGGACACGCAGCUUACUGCUGUAGUGACAUCUGACAAAGGAUCACUCAAACGCGAAUUCUCUGAAGCCUUCACUGAGAAGGACCAGACUCUCCUGACACCCAAGCAUGAGGAUCUCGAAAAGCGUGCAAAGUUGUACCUUGACAAAGAACUGUCCUACAAGGACGAAGACAACGACCGUGAACAACUCAGUGAAGUCGUCAAUUUCGUCGGACAUCCCCUCGUAUGGAGUGAGAAUCGUCAGGCCCUCUGUGAUGCCACUCCUUACUUCAAAUCCCAUCAGGGUGGUUUGUACACCAGGAACAAUCUUGGUCUUGGCUUGCUCAUUGAUGGCGCUGGCUUCACGAUUCGUGAUAGAUUUGGUGCAGAUGUCAUUGUUACCACAAUGGGUGGCGGUCGUAAGCUUGAUGCCAAUGGCAAUUAUUCCCGGCAAGCCGACCAUUUGCCGAAUUCCCUCAAGGUCUGGCAGAAGAAUCAGAGCGUCAGUCAGCCUCUGGUUGUGAUUGCUGGCAUAAACCACCCUGAGUUUCCAUGUCGAGCGGUCCAUCGCUACUCAGUCUUGGACAACUUCUGGGUCACUGAUAUUUGGCCCGAGCGAUACCAGGAUCAUACAGGUUCCACCAUUCAAGUCUUCAAGGUCAGACUUGAGAAAGUUCAUUUGGGUCAAACCUCUUGGUGGUGGGACCCGCUUUCAGAGAAUGCAACUAAUUCCCUUGCUCCUUGCCACAUUGGACAGUACACUGCUGCUCACCAGAAGUGUGAAGCCUGUGAGGACGAUAGCAAGCAGGUCUUCAGCGAGAGCUGGACUUGUCUCAACGUCAACUGUCCUAAUUUCUUCACCUUUCCUGAAGGGAUUGACUGUGCUAGCCUUACUUACAGCAGAGAGUUCCUUGGAGAGAGAACUGCCUUCAGUGGAGACAUGGCAAAGGUUGCUCAGAUUGUCCCUGAUCUCCCCUCUGGUACUGCAUUGAACUCUACUUCAAUCAACGCAAGGGCUGGUAUUGUCUGCCCCGAGUGUGGCUGCUGUAGCCGCCGCCGAUACUGGAACCGCUGGGAGUGCGAGAAUAAUGCCUGCGACUUUGCUCUGCAUGCUACCUUGCAGCCUCAUUCAAUCACGGACGUCGAGAAUGAGACAUCCAAGCACGCUGCUGCUGCCUUAAAGCAAGCCAACAAAUCCCGCAAAGAUCCCGCACAGUCAGGCGAUCUCCUGGAUGAUGUCACCAUCGUGCUCGACAAGACCAUUCACAUGGAGAAGCAUAACCUUGGCAGCUAUAAAGCUUCUAUCUAUGUGUUGCCCAAUGCCGCUGGAGAGGCUGUGGGAUGUGUUGUGGUCUACAGAGUGCACAAUGAUGUCUGUGGCCGGCCAGGUGGACCGAAUGCUCUCUACACUGACCUGCAGAAUGUCGACAUGAAUCUACACAGAAAUGCUGCGCGCUGUGGUGAAGCCUGGAACGAGGUAUUGACCCGUCACUUCCAACAGAACUUUGGUGCCCCAUACAAGUUCGGUGUCGUUGUUGCAUCCAAGUCCUUUGAGGAUGCUCCAGAUCCUGUCUUGAAGUGUCUGGCACGUUUGCAAUGGGCUGGCCAGACUGCUGUCAAGGCCUCAGAUGCCUUCCUCAAGACGCUUGAGAAGCAAGGUUUCAUCAAGAUCGGCAGCGACACACCAAUCAACCCCGAGUGGCGGGAUUUCAACGAGCUGUUGGCACUUGGUUAUAUGGAGAAAGAUGAGAUCUCCUAUCACGAUGAUGGAGAGAAGGAGCUCGGACCUACCGUAGCUACUCUGUCUCUUGGAUCUCCCUCGAAGAUGUCUUUCCGUCCUAAGAAAGGCUCGAACAUUCCAACCGCCCGAGGCAAGAAGAAGGGCAACCCAGAGAAGGUUUACCAUGAUGCACUGCAAAUUUGCCUGAAGCAUGGCGACAUGGUUGUCAUGCAUGGCGCUGCAAUUCAUAGGGACUAUGAGCACGCAGUUGAGCCCUUGGGACAGCGUAGAUUUGCUCUUACAAGCCGUGUGAUUCGCGAUGACAGCAUUGGAGAUCCUGGUGACAGAGAGAUUGCCAUGAGAAUGGGUACCUUGCCUGAUCACUAUUCAUCUUUUGAAUAUGAUGGCGACAUCCAAAACCCUGCUCAAGCAAAGGCUCUGGUUGACUUCACUGAGUUUUCUGACAUCUGA